AUGAAGCCUGAUUUGAAUCUACUUUUUUUCAUUUUAAGUAUUGUGGAGGUCACUCUUCUUCUGGAAUACUGUCCAACUCAUUGCCAGUGUAACUGGGACAUCUACAGUGUGUCAUGUUUUGGAGCUGAGGUCAUGCCUGUUUUCCAUUCCAGCACACAGGAGGUGUGGCUGGUGGAGACCAAACUUUCUUCUAUUCCUCAGAAUGCAUUCGCCAACUUGGCCAACAUUUCUCACAUAUACAUCUCUCAUGAUGAUAAUAUACGAUAUCUUGAGAGGCAUUCUUUCCACAACCUGUCCAGGGUCACCCACAUACAACUAACUGGUAUCAAAACACUGUCAUACAUAGACCAAGAGGCAUUUAAAGAUCUGCCUAAUUUAAAGUACCUUGGGAUCACUAACACUGGGCUAACCUCCUUUCCUGGGUUACAAUAUAUCCAGUCCAACCAAGAUGAUUUUAUUUUGGAGAUCGUAGAGAAUGUCUUCAUAGAAGUUAUACCUGCUAAUUCUUUCACUGGAAUAUCUAAGAACACUAUGACCAUCAUGCUGAAUAACAAUGGUGUGAAAGAGAUCCAGCGCUAUGCCUUCAAUGGGAGCAAACUGGAGGAAGUGUAUCUUCAUAGGAAUGUGCAUUUGGAACGAAUAGAUGAAUUGGCAUUUUAUGGUGUGAUUCGCGGCCCAACGCAUUUAGACCUUUCAGAAACCAAAGUUAGUUCUUUGCCUUCAAUAGGUAUGGAGACCAUUGAAAUGCUCCAAGCUAAAGACACUCAGGCCCUCAAAGUACCUCCCCCCUUUAGAGCCUUUCUCCAUUUACAGAGUGCUGAAUUGACCUUCCCAAGCCAUUGUUGUGGUCUCAAAAUGUUGAAAAGAUGGAGAGGACACUCUGAGGCCGUUAUUUGCAAUCUGACCCGGACUGCUUUGGGAAAGCUGCAGGAAUCCUCAACGGCUCUCUCUCAUAGGAAUCUGGAACACAAGAGCUACCAACAUCUAAAAGACAGCUCUGGUCUUCCAACUGCCGACAGCAGAAGUCACAAUCAUUACUACGACAGCCCCAUUUGCCCAACGGAAGAGUCUCAAAAUGAGGGUUUGUUUUAUGUGGAAUUACCUACAGAGCAUCUCAAUGAAGGUUUUGACUUUGCACUGUGUGAUGAACAUAACACAGAUAAUCAUGGACUCUCGUGCACCCCGCUGCCUGAUGCCCUGAACCCCUGUGAGGAUGUGAUGAGUCAAGGCUUCCUGAGGGUGCUGGUCUGGGUGGUCAGUCUGUUAGCCAUUUCAGCCAACUUCCUGGUGAUGUUCAUCCUGCUGACCAGCCGACAGAAGUUGUCCGUUACCCGUUUCCUCAUGGGUCACCUGGCGUUUGCAGACUUUUUUAUGGGGAUAUACUUACUGCUCAUUGCAUCUGUCGACCUCUACACACGCUCCCGUUACUAUCACUAUGCUAUUGCCUGGCAAACAGGUGGAGGCUGCAAUCUAGCAGGAACAUUAUCAGUGUUUGCCAGCGAGCUAUCUGUGUACACAUUAACUUUAAUCAGCCUUCAGCGCUGGCAUGCAAUCUUCUACGCAAUGAGGCCAGACAGAAAAAUGAGGUUACGCCAUGCAGCUGUGUUGAUGCUCCUCGGCUGGUUGCUGUGUGUGAUCCUAGCACUGCUGCCGGUGGUUGGUGUGAGCAGUUACCAGAAAGUGAGCAUCUGUUUGCCCAUGGACACUGAGACAACUGCUGCUCAGGCCUAUGUGGUCUCUGUGCUAAUGAUUAAUGUUGUUGCUUUUAUGGUGGUAUGUUUAUGUUACCUCCACAUCUACUGUAUGGUGCACAAUCCCCAGCACCAGUCAAGCAGAUAUGAUACAAGCAUGGCCAAACGCAUGGCUGUUCUAAUUUUCACCAACUUCCUGUGUCUGGCUCCCAUUUGCUUCUAUGGCUUGUCUGCAGCUCUCCUCCAACCAUUGAUGACUAUCACAGAUUCCAAGGUGCUGCUGGUGCUUUUCUACCCUCUCAACUCUUGUACGCACCCAUUUUUUUACGCUAUUCUCACAAAGGCAUUUCACCGAGACAUCCUGAUGUUGCUGAGCCGGAUGGGGCUGUGCCAGCGGCAAGCACACCUCUAUCGAAGUCAACUUGUCAGUAUAUGCAGAGAGACAAUGUCUGCCCCACAGUCCAGCUCCCAUAUCCCAAAAUGUUCAAGUACAGGAAUCACCGGACUACAAGGUGCCCUAAAGUUGUCUUGCAGCAGUAGAUUUAAAAAACAUUAAAUUGUACCAAUAUAUAAAUGUCCUUGUAUAUACCAAUGAACAGAACCUAACGAUUACACAGUAUUACGUGGCCUCUUACAAUAUGUUGUCCAUUAAUUUCUUGUAUGAGAAUACCUCCGGUUGAUUUCUGUUCCAAAAUAAUGAUCCAAAUAUUAAUCUGAAGGUAACGACAGCAACAGUUUAGGCUUCGGCGGUGAGGGAAAGAUGAGUGGAAAUGUGUCUAAAGCUGCAUAGAAAAUAUCAAGAUAAGGAGAACUCAGAGAUAAGAGCACGAGAAAGUGAAGGUUGUCAGGUAACAGCGUCUGAAUACCCCGACCUUACCUGAUCAUUCUUGUGACUUUUACAAACAGGCACACCCAUGAUCACACCCACUUUAUGUUGUGAUUGGUCAGGUGUGUGGCGGUGGGAAGGUAAGCAGCGGCGCUUGUCGUCUGUACAACCAAGUGCAAUGCGAUGAAUAGCUUCAAGAAGAGACAAUCUGAAAUUGUGCACAGUCAUCCCCAUUUGCACAAUUCAUCGCAUUCAUGGAGAGCUGUUGGAGAGAGAUCAGGUAGACAGUGAGAAGCCACCAGGAAGAGGCUAUGACCGCAGGGUAGGACCCCACCUUCUAUUGUGGUCAGCGCCGUUUCUGGACAUGUUGGUGCCCGAGGCCGGAUGUAACCGGCGCCUCACAGGGCAUUGAUCUUUUCUUUGUUAUUAUUUGCUCUGCCUCCAUAUUUGUAAAGCAUUCUUGGGUCCCCUGAAAGGCACUAUAAAAAUGCAAGCUAUUAUUAUUUAUCAACAGCUUCACUCAACUUCUGUUCUGUAUCAUGUCAUCAACAUGCUCUGUAUAUAAGUAGCUUUAACUGCACACUAGUCCUUAUAAAGUCUUGUCCUGGUUUAUUAAUAUACAACAUAACCUGGUCGUUAAUAUUCCUGUAUGAUGUUAUCCAGGUUACUGAUCAGUGUCUUCCCUAUUAUUAGACAUUAUGGUUGUCCUGACCAUGUUUCUCAUCUAAUAUUCAUUUUAAUUAUAUUUUUUCUUUCAUUAUGAAACAUACAGUGCACACUUUAGGCCCGCAUCAAACUUAGUAAUGACAUUUUGAUAUGUUUUACAGUUUAAUAGCUCUGCAUUAAGAAAAUAUAGCAUGCUUGUUUACUAUAAUAUUUUCUAUAGUAUCCUACAGUCAUUUAUAUAAUGUCCAUAGAGAGAGGUCAGUGUGAAGGUCUAACACAGAAUUUACUGACAGCUUUUUAUAUUUUGUGACUCCGCAGCUCCCUCGUUUAGAACUUUAGCCUUUAGUGUUUUAAUAGAGCACAGUGUGGCGACUUUGACUGUUGUCUUUCUAGGAGCAAAUGUCUGGAUUUAGUUAGUAACCAGAUAGGUAAAUAGGUAAAAUUUGCUAGGAUUUGCCUGCUCCACGACAUCAAUUACUUUAAAGCUAUUGUAGACAAGCCUCUCUCCAGAGCCACUCCCCCAGCUGGAGGACGGGUCUACGAGAUGCCAGUAAAAUUAAUUGCCUACCAUUGCUUUAGUUUCAGAGGGUAGAUCAUUGUUUAUUAUUAUAAGCUUUAUUUAUUUAAACCUACUGACUAAAUGACCUGAGUUGAAGGUGCUCCUGCGAAUUACCAGAAUUAUCCAUUUAUGAGUUGUAUCCCAGUGUGGAUCAUAUCUUUAUGGUCACAGUGAACAUAAGUAAC